GUUUGACGCUGCCAGGGGUGACCGAGAAGGUAACAUCCGGGAGAUGGAAAGGGAGUCGAGAGAGUGGUCCCGCCCACUCUGCAUUGCUAUUGGACGAACGGCCCUCUUAUUCUUCAACAGCUAACGUCAUUCGUUCUACUCACUGUCAAUCAAGAGCAUCACAUAAGCUGCCUCCUUUUUCAGUUUUUUUUAAAUAUAUAUAUUCUGUUUUAAUGGGGCCUUCGAGCCGCAUAACAACGAAACAAAAGCGGUUGUCCGAGGCUCGAAAAAAAUAAGGUAACGUAUCGGCGUGCAGAAACGGCAAAUAUGGUAUAGAAAUGUACAGGCAUCAACGGCAUUUGCGAGUAGUUCGUCUGCCUGUGCCGCUUUUGCUAAACCAGCUAACGUAGCCACUAAAAUAGAAUCAAAGCUCAUUGUAUUGCGAGUUUCUGUCGGAUAAGAGUAAGUUAAAGAGACUAGGGAAUCGGUCGUUUUACCUUUAGGAGCAACCACCUAGCUUUUGGGGUGUGUUGUGUCUGGGUCAUCAGCCAGGGCUCUCUGAUCCAGCUGUCCCCCUGCAGAUCUCUUCUGAUGCGGUCAAGCCCAAAGCUCCAUGCAUGAUGUGUUCCUACUGUGACGGAGGCGACAUCUCCACCCUCACUCCUCCACCUUGGGCAGGGUUCAUCAUCGUCUCAUCCUGAGCCCUGUCCUUUGCAGUAAUGACUGACAAGAGGAACCCACCGUUUUUCAAUGAUGACAAUGUAGGCAUGGUGCACUACAAGCUGCCCUUCAGCGAGACCAUGGAGCUGUUCAUUGAGACUCUGACAGGGACCUGCUUCCAGCUGUGCGUCUCUCCAUUUGAACAGGUGGUCUCAGUCAAGGCCAAGAUCUUGAGAUUGGAGGGCAUCCCGGUCUCUCAGCAGCAUUUGAUAUGGAAUGGGAUGGAGCUUGAAGAUGAGUACUGCUUACAUGACUACAGCAUCACAGAGGGCUGCACUCUCAAGCUGGUACUCGCCAUGAGAGGAGGACCUGUAAACACCAGGCGAGUGACAGUGACGGAUGACUCUGUGAGGGAUAUCGCUGACUGCCUUGAUGCAGGGAGAGAGGAGAUGUGGGAAAAGUCUCUGCCUAAUAAACAGGUCACCUUCCUGGUGUACCGUGAGGGAGAUCAGCUCAGUUUCUUCCGAGUGGUGGAUCGAGGAGAUGGAACUCUCACACCUGUGUCUGAAUCAUUGAGCGGCACCUCUGUACGCAAUGUGUAUGCGGAGGAGGAAGAGGAAUCAGAGAGUACAGCUUCAGAACAGCAGAUGCUGGAGAACUCAAUCACAAUGAGCAAGAUGAAGCUGCUCAAAGCCAAGAUGGAGAAUAUGAACCUCAACAAAAAGCCCAAGAAGACUGCUAAAUUAAAAGUCAGACCUCCAGUAGGUCCGCGGCCCUGCAGCGCUUCGUUUUGCUCUGUCCGACACCACCGAAUGUUUCGUGUCCUUCCUCAGAUAGGCCACGCUUCUCCAACACAUCUACCUCCAAUCGGUGAUCAGCAGCAGCCUGCAGUUCCAUCCCCUGCUGCCGGCUCCUCCCACCAAGCAUUCGCAUCUCUCUCGAGUCCCACUUCCUCAAGCCACGCUCAUCCUUCCUCUGGAGCUUCUGGCGUAUAUAUGCUCCAGGCUGAGGAACCAUGGGAUAAUCCAGUGCCCAGGAAGAUCAGAGUCCCUCCCAAAGUGUCCAGGCUGGAUUUGAGAAGGCUUAAAGUUAUGCGAGACUGUGUGUACCCACCUCUCUCGCUUCUGUCCAGCUCUGGAGUUCAAGAUGAGGUUGAUCUCCAGAGUGAAAGAUUAAUGGUAGACGAGAACUCAGCAGUGAUGGAGCCGCCCAAAGCUGUACCCUUCAAUCUUCCUGAGCCCCUGAGUCUAGACGUAUCCACUCAGCGAGAGCGAGGUUUGAACUCUGUAACUCUCCAAGAACCCAACACCACAGCUCCUCUUCUUUCCCAAGCCAUUAACACGAACUGGCUGGCCUCCCAAUCUGACCCCCUCUCACCUACUCACAUACCGCAGCACUUUGAGUUCACGGGUUCCUCCAGUCCAGCCCAAGCGCUCCUCAGAACGAGCAACAGCCCGUCACUUCCAGCCAGCUCCCCGUCACGGACCACAUCUGUAUGUGGGCUCAAAGUGGACAAGCAUUCAGAGGUGAUUUCCAAAAGCGAGGAACGAGACAUUACGAAGAUGGCUAACAAAGCGGCUAAAAAGCCAUUGGUAAGCAACACAAAGCUCCUGGCCUCCCUGGCAGGUGUUGGUGGUCAAGAGGCCCUGGCUGGGCCCUUUGCGCUGGGCAGGUUAUGUGCUACAGCCGCCCCCCUACCAACCAACAUCCAUCUGUCGCAGGAAGACCUGCUGAGGAGGAUCUCCCCGCUACAGAGGACAGCCGGCCACACGCCGCCAAGCUCAUCAGGCGGCCUCUCCAGUUCAAUAAAAAGAUUAGGGACUCCAACACAUCACUUGCCCCCUGUGAAGGUUCCCUCUGGAGCAAAGAAAAAGAGUUCAAAGCACUGCUUCCUGUGUGGGAAGAAGACCGGGUUGGCCACCAGCUAUGAAUGCAGGUGUGGCAAGAUGUUCUGUUCCAUGCACCGCUACUCCGAGACGCACGACUGUACGUAUGACUACAAAAGUGCAGGCCGACGCUUUCUACAGGAGACCAACCCCAGCAUAAGUGCACCAAAGCUGCCCAAAAUAUGAAGGCGCUGCAUUGGUGAGAGAAAAAAAGACAUGAGAUCCAUCAACUAUUAAAAAGAGAGAAAACCUUGA